UCGUUCCUCUUUAUGGAUGAAUAGCACUCCAUUGUGUGGAUAUAUACACCACAUUUCAUUUAUCCAUUCACUGAUGGGUGUUUGGGUUGUUUCCACUUUGGGCCCAUUAGGAACGUGCUGCUGUGAAUGCCCCCAUACAGGUAUUUUCAUUUCUCUUGGGCAUAUCCCUAGGAGCCGAAUUGCUGGGUCCACUGGAUACUCUGUGUUUAAUGUUUAGAGUAAUGGACAGACUGCUUUGUACCAGUUUACAUUUCCAACAAUAAGUAUGGUUUUAAGUAUUUUGUCUCCUGUCGCCUGUGAGAAGUACCCUGUGCGUCCAGCCUCGAUGACCUAUGAUGACAUUCCACACCUCUCGGCCAAGAUCAAGCCCAAGCAGCAAAAGGUAGAGCUUGAGAUGGCCAUCGACACCCUGAACCCCAACUAUUGCCGCAGCAAAGGGGAGCAGAUCGCACUCAACGUGGAUGGCGCCUGUGCAGACGAGAGCAGCACAUACUCCUCGAAGCUGAUGGACAAGCAGACGUUCUGCUCCUCCCAGAGUACCAGUAACACGGCCCGUUACGCCGCUGCACUCUACAGGCAAGGUGAGCUUCACCUGACUCCUUUACACGGCAUCCUGCAGCUGCGGCCCAGCUUCUCCUACCUGGAUAAGGCAGACGCCAAGCACCGAGAGAGGGAGGCGGCCAAUGAGGCAGGAGACUCCUCGCAGGACGAGGCAGAAGAAGAUGUGAAGCAGAUCACGGUGCGGUUCUCCCGUCCUGAGUCAGAGCAGGCCCGCCAGCGCCGUGUGCAGUCGUACGAGUUCCUGCAGAAGAAGCACGCCGAGGAGCCCUGGGUCCACCUGCACUACUACGGCCUGAGGGACAGCCGCUCUGAGCACGAGCGCCAGUACCUCCUGUGCCAGGGUUCCAGCGGGGUUGAGAACACAGAGCUUGUCAAGUCACCCAGUGAGUACCUCAUGAUGCUGAUGCCACCCAGCCCAGAGGAGGAGAAAGAUAAACCUGUGGCCCCCAGCAACGUCCUGUCCAUGGCCCAGCUGCGUACCCUGCCCCUGGCCGAUCAGAUCAAGAUCCUGAUGAAGAAUGUGAAGGUCAUGCCUUUUGCCAACUUGAUGAGCCUCCUGGGCCCUUCCAUCGACUCUGUGGCUGUUCUGCGUGGCAUCCAGAAGGUGGCGAUGUUAGUCCAAGGAAACUGGGUGGUGAAGAGCGACAUCCUGUACCCCAAGGACUCCUCCAGCCCUCACAGCGGCGUGCCUGCCGAGGUGCUCUGCAGGGGCCGAGACUUUGUCAUGUGGAAGUUCACACAGAGCCGGUGGGUCGUACGGAAAGAGGUGGCAGCAGUGACUAAACUCUGCACGGAGGAUGUGAAGGACUUUCUGGAGCACAUGGCCGUAGUGAGGAUCAACAAAGGCUGGGAGUUCAUACUGCCUUACGACGGAGAGUUCAUCAAGAAACAUCCAGAUGUGGUCCAGCGGCAGCACAUGCUGUGGUCGGGUAUCCAGGCCAAAUUAGAAAAAGUCUAUAAUCUCGUGAAGGAAACCUUGCCAAAGAAGCCAGAUGGACAAUCAGGGCCUGCCGGGCUGGUCUCCGGGGACCAGCGCGUCCAGGUGGCCAGAAGCAAGGCCCAGCAGAACCACGCGCUGCUGGAACGGGAGCUGCAGCGGAGGAAGGAGCAGGUGCGGGCGUCCACGGUCCUGCCCAGCGUGCGGAUCAAGGAGGAGCCCGUGAGUGAGGAGGGAGAGGAGGAGGAAGAGCAGGAAGCAGAAGAUGAGGAGCCCAUGGACACCUCUCUCGGUGGCGGCCUCCACAGUAGGCUGGCCAACGGGCUGCCUGGCGGGCGGGCGGCGGGCGGGGACAGCUUCAACGGGCACCCGCCCCCGGGCUGUGCCGGCACCCCCGUGGCCCGGGAACUGAGGGCCUUCGUGGAGGCCACCUUUCAGAGACAGUUUGUGCUCACGCUGAGUGAACUCAAGCGCCUCUUCAACCUGCACUUGGCCAGCCUGCCACCUGGUCACACGCUGUUCAGCGGCAUCUCGGACCGCAUGCUGCAGGACACGGUGCUGGCCGCCGGUUGCAAGCAAAUACUGGUGCCUGGACCGUAUAUCAUAGUCUCCUCUGAGGAGGAAAAGACCUCAGAUGUGUACACAAGGAUGCUCAGGUCCAGGGAGCAGGAGGAGACUCGACUCACAGGCUUGAGUUUAAUCCUGUUUCUACUAUUAGACGUUCGACUGUGGACAUUUCCCCCACAGACCGCUGCAUCCCCAGAUGAGCAGAAGGUGUUCGCCCUCUGGGAGUCUGGAGACAUGAGCGAUCAGCACCGACAGGUUUUGCUUGAAAUCUUUUCCAAAAAUUACCGGGUCCGCCGGAACAUGAUCCAGUCGCGGCUGACUCAAGAGUGCGGAGAGGAUCUGAGUAAACAGGAGGUGGACAAAGUGCUAAAGGACUGCUGUGUGAGCUACGGUGGCAUGUGGUACCUUAAAGGGACGGUACAGUCUUGACAGUAGUCACAGACCACUCACCCAGUGCGUCGAAGUCCCAGGAAGGACGGUGGAGCCGGCGGAGGUGGACGCAGCCUCACCUGCUUCCGAAGCCACGGAGCAAGAGGACCUGACCGUCCCGCGGCUGGGGUGUCGUGCUGUCUGGUGGCCAGCGGGGGUCACCCUCAGCCAGUGGCAGGGUCAGCUUCAGUUAGAUCGCUCCCAGAAGACGGCGGCCGGGACCUUCUUUACAGUAUAAUUUGAAAUCCCCAAUGUAUUUUGCUUAUUAUUUGGUUUCAUUCUCCUAAUAAAGAGAGUGUAUACUGACCACAGGCAGGCUGAUACAAAUCAUGGUUUAAUAUUUUACUUUUCAAACUUAAUGCCAACGAGGUCUAAGUUAUGUUUACAAGAUGAAGAAAACCUCAAGGUUUUAAAUAUUUAAAAUGUCUAGAAGCCAGUGUGUAGUUUUUGAUUAUCUGCUAAGACUUCUGCCAAUUUCAUUAAACAAACCAAAUCGAAUUGUUUCACUGUUGGGUUUCUGUGGCCACUUUACCUUUUAAAACGACUUACUUUAUGUAGCAGUCUCGACUGUUUACAUGAACCAUAGGAAAAAUCAGAAUCAAAUCCAUUUAUUCUGUUUGCAUAAGGAUGCAAACAAAACCAGGUAAGUAUGGAACGGUGUGUAAGGUCAUCACACUUUGAUGUAAAAAAUUUAUAUUUUGUGUAUUUUUAAAAUAAAUGUAACACUAACCUGG